GUGAUCGAAAUGAUUUCGUAAUGAAAGUUAUGGUCAUAUUAUUUAUUAUGCUACUCAUCACCUUUGCAUUUAAUCUGCUGGUAAUGAUAAACGAGGGCUUAAGAGAAUUUUUCAGAGAGUGGUUCCUAAUUAUAAUGAUACCAUGCCUCAUCAUCUUGGCGGUGAUGGGCUGUUUUAUGUCGACCCUAGCAUGUGCUCGAACGUUUCCUACAAACUACAUAUGUUUAUUAAUAGUUGUAAUACUGUAUUCUCUAUUUUGCGCCUGCUACACCGCCCGGUUUAGAACUCAUAUCAUAAUCAUUGCUCUGCUUGCAACGCUCGGGGUGGUAGCAGUCUGCGUGGCACUGGCGUUUACUAGUUUCGACUUCACAAAAUGGAUAAUAUAUGUAAUAGCUAUCUCCGUAGCACUGGGCCUCGUCGGUAUAAUAGCCAUGGUCAUGAUGCUAGUCUUCGACAUUCAUUCGAGACCUCUCAUGUUUGCACUUACGUUUCUCAUGACUUUAGUCAAUGUUGUGAUGUUCAUAAUAGAGCUACAAAUGGUUUUAGGAGGUAAAUCCGUAGAGUUGGGCGAGGAAGAUUAUGCAUUAGGAGCAUACAUGUUAUAUACGUCCGUCAUACAGCUCUUUAUCAACAUGAUUCUAAUGGUGGCAAUGGGUAUGGAGGACUGACAGGCAUCCAAAAAGACGGCAGAAGGGAAAUAGUGCGAAUGUCGACUCUCUUCCGAGUUGUCUAAGGGACGAAUCGUUAUAAUCCUUAUAUAAACCUUUAUAGAAUUACCCCAAAUGAUGGGGCCAUAGUUGGAAAUGAAUGAUGCGUAGCCAUGAUAAGCUGAAAGUAAAACUAUUGGUAACAAUUAAAUAUAUGACUUGUGGGUGACGAGUGACGACUAAAAUA